AUUAAAGAAGAAAGAAAUGAUCUGGAAGCUCUUUGUGAAAUGAAUGAUGAAUUGCAAGAGAAUAGUCGUCAAACAAAACUUGAACUACUUGAAGAAAUUGAACGAGCCAACAGUCAAAUUAAUCAACUUGUACGUCACUUAGAUGCGACACGUGAAACAAUUGCAGACUAUGAACAAACUCUUGGUAAAUUUAGAGAUUUAGUCUCUGAUUUACAAACACAAAAUACUGAUCUACGUAGGUCAUUAGCGGAUGAAAAACGCCUACAGGAAGAGCAACAGCAACAAAAUGCCUAUCGUACAGUUGCAACAGAUCUUGUCGGUUCUACAGCUGCAUUUAUGGGGGGUAAAUUCGGAUUAGGCUCUCAAGUACAAACUCUUGCUAAAGUAAUUGAAGCUGAAUUAAGACGCCUUGAAGCAGAACAAACUGCAAAUCAUGUGACGCGGUUAUCUGCUUUCUUACCUGACUCAUUUCUCCGAAGUGGUGGUGAUAAUGAGGCAUUACUUACACUUUUGUUAAUCGACCGACUAGCUGGGAAAUGCGAUCUGCUGGCUAAUCAUCUUGUUGAACGUUAUCCAUUGCCUCCUUGUGUUCCGGGUCAAGCACCACUACAGAUGUCUCAAGGUGAAACCAGUACUACUACUGCUGAUAAUCCAACUGAAGUUGUUUGUGGAAUUUGUAUUCCUGGUACUGAUAAUCCACUGACUAAAACACAAUCAGAAUUCUAUAGUUUUAUAACUAGACUAAUUCAUCUACUCCGGUCAAUGGCUUCUUUGUUAGGCCAGUGUAAACAAGUCCUUUCAGGUUGUAGUGUUGAACUGUAUUUGGACUUCGGUUCUUUAUAUAAUGAAAUGAUUGCACAUGAACAUUGUAUUGAUCGAUUAAUUGAACAAACAAAGAAUGAUCAGUUGGAUGAGACAAUUUCAUUGGGACCAUUAUUUUCGUCAUACAAUUACUUUAUUCAAUUAUAUACAGUUCAUUUGAAAACAGAACCGCUAUUUAAUUGUAACAAUAAAUUACUGGAUUUCACGCGAACAAUUCUAUCAGCUGUUGAUGCCUUAUCUGUUGACUCAACUGCUUUGAUGAUAUUGACCGGUCAGAAUGUUGAUUGUUUAUCACAAGUGGCUAAAACAGCUGCCACUUGUGUAUCUGGACCAUUGAGUAUGGGUAAUAUGGAUGAUGUUGGUUCGUUACUGUUAAGUAAUCCUACUGAAAGCGGUUUAAUUGGCCUCCUUAGUGAAUUAAUUCAUUUUGCUACAACUGUACGUGUUGUUACGCGUCGAAUAAAACGAAGAAUCCCGAAUAAGCCUACAGGUCAACCGUUAUCAUUUCACCAGGAUGUUUCACAGAAAUUAGAUUCAGCUAUACAAUUGUUAGGAUCAGUUGUUGGUGCUAUGUAUCAAACAACUCGUUUAGCUGGCCAGUUAACAGUUCGACAAGUUGAAGAUACAGCCAAUUUAGACCCCGGUGUUGUUUUCACUCAUUGUUUAUCAGAAGCUUGUAAAGAAUACUUAACACCAGAUGCAUUCAAUACUCGUUCCAGUGUCAUUGCACCAGAUAUAGCAAUUCGUAAUAAUUUAACUCAAGUUGCUCGUAUUAUCAGUCAAGUGGCAUUAGCAAUGGAGAAUGGAGAAUAUGACUUUGAUGGAACAAAACAAACCGCUCCUCAAGAACCAGUCUCCGCUCGUGCUGUUGCCUAUAAACGUGCUCAAGCUGAACUAGAAGGAUGUCGUUCUAAAUUAGAAUCUAAAGCUGAAGAAGUACGAGAAUUACAAAAAGCACUUAAAGCACGCGCUGAAGAACUCAGUGAAAUGUCUGUACGUGUUGGUUUAGCAGAGAAGAAAUUAGAAACAUCUGGUAAAGGUUAUGAAGAGAAAAUAGCUCGUUUAGAACAACGCUUAGAACAAUCAGAAGCUCAAUUAAAACGAAGCGAAAAGAAAUUUGAACAAACCCUUGAUGCACUUCGAGCGGAUAUCGAAGCUUUAGAGCAUGAGAAAGCAGAACUUGAAGAGAAAUUGGAGACUUUAAGUAAAAAUGCCGUAUUCGAAGGAAUCAAUAAAACUCCAUUGGUCACUGAUCAAACUCCAUCUAAGGGUCAGACUGCUACACCUGAAACUCCUUCAGUUGGUAAACAAACUUCUGUUGAGGGUGCAUCACCUUCACCUGGUCCUGCACGUCUAGCUGCCUACAGAGAUGCUUCAUUCAUGUCAAUGGAGAUUAAAGGCCUUCGCGAAGCUGUCCGACGUUUGUCUUCUGAGGUAUCUAAGCUACGUGGUGAAAAAAUGUUUAAUCAAAUGAAAAGUCUUGGAACUUUGCAAAAACCAAUACGUCGUCAAUAUCUCAAAGCUGUUGAUAAUACCGCGAAUAAUGAAUCUAAACCCUCAUCCACUACAGAAGAAAAGAAGAAGAAGUAGAAAAAGAACAAAAGCCUAUGAUAUCACAGGUGUUACGUGAUGUUGAUGCAUUUCGAAAAGAAAUGUUUUCUUUUAUAGCUAAUCUUCAAAUAGUUCGAUUGCCUAAGCCAUCGAAACCAAUUGAAGAGCCUCCUUCAGGUGCUGGUGAUGGAUCCACACAACAACAGGAACAAGAACAACAGUCGGCUAAAGCCAUCGUGCCUACGCCUACAAUGCAAUUCAAUAGACAGACAGCACAAUUAGCGAAGUUGAAAAAUGAUUUAGAAAAGUUACAACAGCGUGCAGUUGAAGCUAUCAAGACAGAAAUUCCAGGUGCAUCAAUCCAAGCCGAUUUCACAUCCUUCCCAUCCGUAAAAUUAAAACGUCUAUUUAAUGGUGAAAAUAAUGAAAAUCUUCCGCUACGUUCUCGUUUAAUAUUCCCUGGUGGAAAUGAUUGUAAAAUGAAUCCAACAAAAGUUCGCAUGACUAGAGAAGAUCAACAGAUUCUACAUUCACAUUUACUUAAAUAAAUGCCUGUUGUUUUAUCAUUUGUUGUUGUUGUUUAUUUUUUUGCGGGGGGUUAAAGUUUACUUACCAGUCAAUCCUGAAGAUAUUUUUUACUUCCUACUUAUCAUUAAUACUUUUAUUUACAAUGACUAUUAUACGCGCAUACAUACUUCUAUACAUAAUAUAUUACGGUCAACCGUGGACCCAGCUGAAGACGACAUCAGAAAACAGAAUAAAGUGGAGAUGUGUUUUUGAAGCCCUAUGUUCCACUCGGAACGCAAGGGAAUAAUAAUAAUAAUAAUAAUGUGAUGAUUGCUAGCAUAUCUAUCUAUCCCAUUAGUGAGUGUAGUAGUCAAAGCCUAUCGAAAAUUUUUGCAAGUGAUAAUUUAAUUUAGAAGAAUAUUGAUAGCGGGAUUAUUUGCGACAAACUACUAGGUUUAAUGAAAAUCAUGAUUACAGGCUACUUGCACAAAUGUAAUAACACAACGAUUCUAAUUCUAUGUAAGGAACACACAUCCGUCAUAUUGAAACGGUAGGAGAGGAAAGACUUGGUAUCUCUAUAUGGCCGAAUUAUGUACACCUGAUCUUCAACGCACCAUUUGUACAGAUCUUCCGUGUUGUACCACUUCGUGCAACGUGCAUUUUUUGACAGCUCGAGAAUUAAACAUUAGUCUAGAUCCUUCACCAAAAAAGAAAAAUAAGGGUUGUAUGGAUCUAAAUUAUAAGUAAAAAAGGCUUUUGCUCCUUCUGUCUACAAGCCUGUUCAGCUUUUUGUCAAGAUGCUACACCAUAGACCCUACAGAAACUCCUGAGACAUCCCACAGGUCAGCUUGUCCUACGAAUUCUAAUCUUCCGGAUCUUAGAAUUCACUUCCCACUGGAAUAUCACUUAUCUGCCUCACAAUAACCUUUUUAUUUCCGCACCAUUAUACUCUACUUUAUCUUAACUAACUAGGCCAUUAUUAAAGCUAAAAGUUUCUCUUUGUUCAUAUUUGUUGCUUGCUUAAAGUCUGGUUGCUUUGAUUAAAAACACUACAACACCAAUGUUUGAACAAAGCUAUAUUUCCAUAGAAAACAUCAUAGUUUCCAUGCUUAGACCAAUAUGGUUUGCAUUAAACAUUGCAAAUGUGUACUAUCAUUCCAAGGAGUCUCCAGCUCCUUCUUGUAUAUAUCUUGUGAAUUUACUACCAAUGAUGUAUCAUUCAUGAUUGCAUUUUUAUACCAUUGGCAGUUUCCCACAACGUUCUCCUCUUCCUGAAAUAGCUUUUAAUCACGUGGCAGCAUAGCACUUACCCAAAUAUAUGCUGUUCACUGGUUGACCAUAACUAUCAGUGGGGAACGGAAUGAAGUUUGGGUUGUUGCUCAACUUUGAUGGUGACCUUAGUAAACGGUUUACAAUUUAACAUUUAUAAGAACCUGUUCUGAUUGCUUGUACAAUAAUCGAACAAUUUGAACUUUUGAUAAAGUAUCAGGGUUGUAAUUUAUAACAUAACUGAUGGUGCCUGUAAAAAUGGCAUGCAUUUCUCGUAAACUUAUCCGUUUAUACGAAAUAUAGAUUGUAAUUAUUAUCUCAACCCACCUUUUU